CUACUCAAUAACUCAUUUGGCAUUAUGGCAGUGUGCGAGGAGCUCAGCUUUAACGUGGAUCAUGGCUACCUGGAGGGUUUGGUUCGAGGAAUGAAAGCUGGGAUUCUGUCUCAGACUGAUUAUCAUAAUCUGGCCCAGUGUGACACACUAGAGGAUAUGAAGCUACACCUUCAGAGCACAGACUACGGUAAACUGCUGUCCUCUUCUGAGGGCGAUUUGACUGUGUCGCUGCUGGACAGCAAGCUGAGGGAGAAUCUGGUGACUGAAUUCAGCUGCCUGCGCUCUAACGCCCUGCCACCUCUGUCUACCUUCCUUGACUAUAUAAGUUACAGCUACAUGAUCGACAAUGUGGUGAUGCUGAUCACGGGGGCCCUGAAAAACAAAGAUGUGUCAGAGCUGCUCCCACGGUGUCACCCACUGGGAGCGUUUGACCAAAUGGCAGCCGUGGGCAUUGCCCGCACUCCAGCUGAACUGUACUCAGCCAUCCUGGUGGACACACCGCUAGGUCAGUUUUUCCAAGAUGCCGUAUCUGAGUGCAGCCUGGACGAGAUGGAGGCUGAGAUCCUGAGAAACAAACUGUAUAAGGCAUAUUUGCAGUCUUUCCACUCUUUCUGCAAGAGCGUGGGCGGUGCCACAAAGGACGUAAUGUGCCCUGUCCUAGAGUUUGAGGCGGACCGGCGGGCCUUCAUCAUCACGGUGAACUCCUUUGGGACGGAUCUCAGCAGUGCAGACAGGAGUGCGCUGUAUCCAUCCUGUGGCAAACUUUACCCUGGAGGACUGAAACUCCUGGCCCAGGCGGAGGACCACGAGCAGGUCAAGGCUGUGGCUGACUGCUACCCAGACUAUAAAAUGGUUUUUGAUGACCCUGAGCCUGGAUCAGAUUUUAAGACUCUUGAGGACCGAUUCUUCGAACAAGAGGUGAAGCUGAACAUACUUGCUUUCCUGCAGCAGUUCCACUUUGGAGUAUUUUACUCUUACAUCAAACUUAAGGAGCAGGAGAGUCGGAACGUUGUGUGGAUUGCCGAAUGUGUCACACAAAGACAGAAGUCAAAGAUACACAACUAUAUACCCAUCUUCCAGGGGACCAGUUAACUAAGAAA